AUGGCCCAUGGCUCUCCUCCAUCGCCUGGCCCCCAGAUCGGAUCGGGCCUCCCUGGCGAUCAUGUCGCCCCGCCCAACGUCGCGGCGGGCGAUCUAUACUCGUGCGGCGCUCCUGCAACGGCUCAUGGUGGGCCGCCGCCGCCAUCGUCCUGGAUGGCACCGCCGUCCGGUGCGCCUCCUAUCCCACACCACUACGGCGUCCAGUCGUCCCAUCCCUACGGCGCGCCGCCACACCAACCCUACCCGGUGCCGUCGCCGUCGUCUCCUGGGGCUGCCGCUGCUAUGCAGCCCUACUCGGUGCCCCCGACGCAUCUCUACCCUGCGCCGCCCCAAGCCUACCCGGCUCCGUCGCCGCCGCCCCAUGUGGCUACGGCUGCCUUGCAGUAUGGGGCGCCAGCUGCGGCGUCCUACGGCGCCCCGACGGCUGGUUCUGUCGGGCCCUAUCCGUCCUACUCGGGACCGGCUGCACAUUCAUCGAUGGGCUUCUACGCACCGCCACAUGCUCACGGUGACCAGGCCGCAGUGCCGCGCCGUUUUACUUCUCACACCUGCUACCGGUGA